CUUGCUGCGGCGAAUGACGACGACCAAGAUUCACACCAGGGAACCUUUCAGCAGGAAGGCGCCAAGACCAUGCCGGCUUACUUAGAUAAGCCGCUAACUUUUUUGGCUUUCGAUUGGUGCGUAACUUUUUUUUUCUUUUGCUGCUUUUUUCUCCUCAUUCUCUUUCUGUCAUUGCUCGUCAUCAACGUCAUCGUCCUCUGCUUGCUGCCUUUGAUUUCCCUGGUCUCCACACCGACGCUUGAUUAAGGUCUGUUUCAUCCGCUGGGCGCAUCGAAGUAAUUAGUCAUAGACCGCUUUUUGCAUCAUCUCUUUUAUAUAUAUAUUUUCUGGCAUCAAUAAAUAGAGACUUUUUUUUUUGCUUACUACCUAAG